CUGUCACAUGCAACGGAGGUGUUGAUUAGCAAUAUUUUUGAACCAAGAUUUAAUAACAUGGACAACAACUCCGAUGUAGCCAGCAGACCUGAAAGGAACCAACAGUUAGCGUGGGCUGAAAUCACUCUCCUGGGGUUGAUUUUCAUUACCGCCUCGAUCGGCAAUUCAAUCCUGGUAAUGGCUCUCUGGAGAAGAAGAAAGAGAAUGUCUCGGAUGUAUAUUUUCAUGAUGCACCUCAGCGUCGCUGAUUUGGUAGUGGCAAACUUUCAGGUUCUUCCCCAGCUUAUCUGGGACAUAACGGAUGUCUUCUUGGGCCCCGAUCUUCUGUGCAGAGGUAUUAAGUACAUGCAACUAGUUGGCAUGUAUGCCUCUACCUACAUGACAGUAGCAAUGACUGUUGAUCGGUUUCAGGCUGUUUGUUACCCAAUGGUGACUUUCCAAAAGAAAAGAGCUUUCUGGAAUGCUGCUAUCUGUUCGAGUUGGUGUGUGGCUUUUAUCUUCAGCCUGCCCCAGGUCUUCAUCUUUUCCAAAACUGAAAUUGAUCCGGGCGUCAGUGAAUGCUGGGCUAAGUUCAUCAUGCCCUGGGGCUUAAAGGCUUACAUAACUUGGGUCUUCACGAUGAUAUUUUUUAUUCCAACGAUUGUGCUUCUCAUAUGUCAAGUUCAGAUUUGUAGAAUAAUUCAGAUCAAUAUAUACAGCAAGACUCACAGUGACCUUAAGCAUAAUCAGAAGCAGAUCCAGUCAUACCGAGCCAGUAAUGCCAAUUGCUUCUCAAAAGCAAUGAUUAAGACCGUGAAAAUGACGGUGGUGACAGUGGUCGUGUAUGUCUUAUGCUGGGCUCCUUUCUUUAUCGCGCAGUUGUGGUCUGUUUGGUUUCCCAGUGACACCACUCAAGGUUCCGUGUUUACAAUUAUAAUGCUGCUGGGGAAUUUGAACAGCUGUACCAACCCUUGGAUUUAUAUGUAUUUCUGUGGUCACAUACCCUGCUGCAAAAAAUCUCGUGACGGCAGUUCAAUCCGUGAAGACUCAGCUGUGUCAAUGACAGCCAGUAUCAAUUUAGAAGAAAAGGCACCUAUUGAUAACUUCACAUCAUUAUAAACUGUACU